AUGACGCUCAACUUGUGGCUCUAUAUGAUAUUAUUCAUCGAGAAAUGCCGGUAUGCUGAUACUGUCCUGACCCACACCCUCUUUGCUGCUUGUUUCCGAUUGUGUAAGAGGGGUAGUGGCUACUACUUAGCCACUCAUGGAGGUUUCAAGACCGAUCUGGCCCUCGGCAGCUCUCGAGAGUCGAACUCUCCAUUGGAGAAGACGCGCCAGGACUGGACAGAGUGCACGCAGGAUGAGCUAUCCAACCAUCAGAGGGCCAAAACCUCCGCCAUUUCCGACGUCGACGCCUUGAAGAGGCUGUUCAAGGGGCUCGUCGACAAGGUCAGCCGGCAACAGGAAGCAGCCUCUGCCAUCGCUGUUGUUGUGAUGCAGUUGAAGUCCGAGAGCAGGAAGCGGGCAGGCGGCGGAGCUAGAGGUGAUUCCUGGCUCCUGUUCACCGGGCCUGGCAAGGUCGGCAAGUGGAAGAUGGCAAACGCGCUGUCGGAGCUGGUGUUCGGAACUGGACCGACCACCGUUUGUUUCGGUGGCGCCGCCUCACGUACUGGCGGAGACGAUGGAGGGCAAAACGUCAAGUCGCGUGGUAGGACUUCGAUGGACCGGGUGGUGGAGGCCGUACCCCGGAAUCCGUUCUCCGUGAUAGUGCUCGAGGAUGUAGAUCAAGCAGAUGGGCUCGUGAGAGGAAGAGUCGAGCGCUCGAUGGAGCAGGGCCGGCUCGUCGACUCCUACGGCCGGGAAGUCAGCUUGGGAAGCGUAUUUUUCAUCCUCACCUCAAGCUGGCUACCGAAAGAGCUCAAGAGAACCCACGACUCCCUCAUCCAAUGCGAGGAGAAGAUUCUGCAGUCGGCCGGCCACGGGUGGCGACUGCAGCUGUCAGCUCAGAGAACCCCCGGAACGCGCUGCUUCGAUUGGCUUCGCGAUAGUGAUCGAUCAGUGAAGCUGAGACGGCAGUCAUCAUCCGGCGGAGGCUUGUCGCUGGACCUAAACUUGGCAGUGAGCAGGGAGGACGAGGCCGGGGAGGGGUCGAGGAGCUUGAGCGACUUCACCAUGGAGCACAAGCACAAGGGAAGCCUUGCCGCCAGGUGUUCGAUGUCGCCCUCUGCCUUGGGGUUGAUGGAAUUGGUGGACAAAGCCAUAGUUUUCAGGCUAGUCGACUUCGCGCCGCUGAGGAGAACCGUAUCGGCCAUAAUGGGCUAUGGAAGCUCACUAAAGAUCGACGACGACGUCAUCGACCGGGUUGUCGGUGGUAUAUGGGUAGGAAGAGCAGCAUUCGAUGAGUGGGCUGAGGGAGUACUGACGCCUUGCUUGCGGCAGUUGAAGUGCAGGUUGAGGGCAGAUGACGUUGUGGCGGUCGUCCGGCUAUCUGUGGUGAAAGGGGGUGGAGCGGCGACGAACGGCGACCAGGAUUGGCUACCGGCGACGGUGGCGAUCGCCGUCGAUGAGCUGCAGAAGACGCCAUGGACAUGA